CGCAGACCCCGCCCCGGCCGGCUCCCGGCGGGGCCCGGCGCGGGGCCACGUGUGCGGCUCCCGGGCAGGGAGGAGGCCCCGCGCCCUCUCAUUUAAAUGUCCCGCUCGGCCGGGGCCGCUCUCUGCGCAGGGACGGGAGCGACCGCGCUGUGAGGCAGGAGGCGCCCAGCGGAGCCCGCCCGCGCCUCGCUCCCCGCCCGCCCUGCCCCGCGCCCCGUCCGCAGCCGCCGGGCAGCGCCUCGCACAGGGCACCCUCUCCCCGGGGUCGGAGCCAGCCUCGCCCCGUCCCAUCCAGGCACCAUGCGCAGGGAGAGUGACUACGUGGAUGAGAAGGUUCCCCCCAAGGGUGAGGGUGCUGCUGAUCUUGCCAUGCGAGCCCGAAAGAGAAAAGCUGAUGUGGCCACUUUCUUACAGGAUCCUGAUGAAGAAAUUGCUAAAAUGGAAAUGAACAAGAGAAAGCAAUAUGAAAGCCAGCCAUCUUGGAAUAAGGAUGUCCAGAAAAGUCCCCAUAUGCUGAUUCCCACACCAGAUAAAGAUGAGCCAGUUAAUAUUGGCUUUUCUCAUUUUGUACACCUCAGACUUAGUCCAUCUAGAACUUCACCGCUACCAAUUCUGGGUUGGGCAAAUAGAGAUGAUGUAUGGAAAAACAUGCUAAACAAAGAACAGACGUAUGUGAGAGAGAAACAUUAUAUGCAAAAGCACCCUCUCUUGCAACCUAAAAUGCGAACAAUUCUUCUAGACUGGCUAAUGGAGGUUUGUGAGGUCUACAAACUUCACAGAGAGACUUUUUACUUGGCACAGGAUUUCUUUGAUCGGUUUAUGGCAACACAACAAAAUGUUGUAAAAACACUGUUGCAGCUUAUUGGCAUUUCAUCUUUAUUCAUAGCUGCAAAGCUUGAGGAAAUCUAUCCACCAAAGUUGCACCAGUUUGCUUAUGUUACAGAUGGAGCUUGUGCAGAAGAUGAAAUCCUCAGCAUGGAAUUGAUCAUUAUGAAGGCUCUUAAUUGGAACUUAAAUCCACUGACAGUUGUAUCGUGGCUAAAUAUUUACAUGCAAGUUGCAUAUCUAAAUGAGCUUUAUGAGGUGUUGCUGCCACAAUAUCCCCAGCAAAUCUUUGUACAGAUAGCAGAGCUUUUGGAUCUCUGUGUGCUCGAUAUUGGCUGCUUGGAAUAUACAUAUGGAGUACUUGCUGCUUCUGCUUUGUACCACUUCUCCUCAUCUGAACUGAUGCAGAAGGUUUCGGGUUAUGACUGGUAUGAUAUAGAAGAGUGUGUAAAAUGGAUGGUUCCAUUUGCUAUAGCUAUCAGGGAAGCAGGAAGCUCCAAACUCAAGCACUUCAGAGGCAUAGCUUCUGAAGAUUUGCACAAUAUACAAACACAUAUAAACAGCUUGGAUUUGCUGGACAAAGCUCAAGCAAAUCAGGCCAUGUUGGCUGAGCAAAAUAGGACUUCUCCUUUACCCAGUGGUGUCCUCACACCGCCACAGAGUAGUAAGAAACAGUCCACUGGGCUGAAGCUGAUAUGACUGCAAACUGUCUACAUCAGAGACAAUUUAGCUGAAGUGCCUGUUUUUGCUGGUUCUGAAUCCUGCUCCAUUAUGGAAAUGCUGCCAGUGAAGUUUAUAAGCUUUUAUGGAUUCUAAAAAAGAAACUUGCAUUUUUUUGUGACAGAAGAAUCUUCUAUAUGAAAAAGUUUUAUUAACUAUUGAUAUUUUAAAUAAAUGGAUCAAGUACACCAGCCACUUAAAAGAACGCCGAAGAGUGCUCCAAAUGCUGCUAAGGAAGGUAAUACUUGAUGUGACCAACUGUUCAAAAAAAAAAAAAAAAAGGCUUGAACUUAAAACCUGCAACUGUGUGUGUGUCUGUGUGUCUGUCUUUGGAUAUCCCGGGGUCAUUUCACCUUGUGGGGGCAAAUGGGCUUGAGAAUGCUGUGGAAGACUACAUUUUAGAGCCUCUUUACAAGCUAUUGGCUUACAACUGGAUGACUUUUUAAAAACUCUUUACGUAAAUGCUGCUAUGUCUCUGUAUAUCAAUUUUUAAAUAAAAAUGCUGUCCAAGACAGCUGGUUUUAUGUGUA